AUACGCUUCACCACGUCACACCCCAUCGUUCAAAUUGGCUGCGGCUCCAGGCACUCUCUGUUGCUGAGCAGCGUUGGAAUCGUAUGGGCUUGUGGUGGCAAUACGCAAGGGCAGUUAGGCGUGCCUACUUGCAAACAUACGGCAACCCCGAUAUUAGUGGAGGAUCUCUCGGCAGUGA